GCUGGAUCAAGCCAGUAGAGAUCGCGCCGACGCCAAAUCUUGCGCCUUCAGCUUCAAUCGCACGCGCCUCCACUCUUACAAUGUCAUCAUCCGCUACGAUAACCUCGUCUCCCACGCGCACGAGCUACACAUCAUGGUCAGCCACUCCGCCCGCCGAAUGUCGCACCCCCAAAGAUACACUCACCAUGGAUCUCUACUGCGGCGGGCACUAUGCGGUCUCCCAGGGCGGAUGCCCUGCCGGCUACUGGUCAUACUGCGGCUCCGAGGGGGGGGGUACCGCCAGUCCGGUCUUCUCGACGCUCACGACCACCAACGGAAAGAAGACAUCCUUGAAGUCUGUGAGAUCUAUGGAGAGCCACUCCGUAGUAAUAUGCUGUCCAGGGCGAGAGACCAACCCGUUGCCACAAAAAAAGAAAGAAAAAAAAAAUUGAAUUUGUCCACCGCGUCUCAUCCAAGUUCUCACUUUAACGCGAAAUUCCUGCAUAGCGCGUUGCCCUGGUCAUGCGCAACAGCCAGUUUCAGGCCGGCCGAAACCGAUUGCAUCCUGACCACGACCGCCGGCUACCUCGCCUUCAACAAGGCCGAGACGUCGCUCUCGCCAAUCUACGCCUACGGCGUAACCGUCUCCCUAGCUGUACGCGACGCCGUAGCAUACACCAGUAUAUCACCUAAUUACGAGACAACCUACGUUGGAGAGGGAAAGCCUACUACCGUGUGGUGCGAUAAUGAGUACUGCAUGGGCGCGUUCGAUACGCCGAUGACGUCCAUCUAUUCCUACCCAUACGCAACAGCUACGAGCGGAGACACGGCCACAUCAGCGGGGCCGUCCGUCCCGCAGCCGCCGGAGAAGAUGGGACAGCUCAGCCCGCUGGCCAUCGUUGCGAUUACGGGGUUGGCGGGGGCCUUACUACUAUCGCUCGCACUUCUGUCUCCUUUCGUGGGCGAGUAUCAACGGCGCAAGAAGCGGCAGAGUCCAUCGGGGGCAGUCAAUACUCGGUGAGCGCGCGAUUUUGCUUUGAAGGCGCUGGAUGAACAAGAUGAAAGCGGGGCGUUUUGUGGUUUGUGGAAAGUGGUUGUGAAAUUCUUGAUUAAUGGUAUCUUCUUUUUUCCGCUGGUGGGUAUCUCUUCAUGGUGUUUUUCUCAAG